CAUGUCAUCACGCUGCUGCUGUGCUGGUCUCAUCACUCUUUGAAAGACAUAAAUUCUAGUUUGAAAGUUGCCAUGCUGAUCCACUUGACUGAACUCACUAUAAUUAGUAACAAAGUUGCCAUGAAAAACAGCUUCCUGACCGACAACUUUUAAAUUUUUGUGCUCUUCUGAAAAAAUAACACCAGUCAUCUCAGGAUGGUUCUUCAAAGUAAAUUUUUAAACAACACUGCUUCUUAUGCAUCAUUUUAUCACUUUUUAAAUGAAUGUUCCUAGUUAGGAACUUGUCAUGGAAAACACAACUGCACCUUCAAAAUAUACUGUUAUAACAAACUACAUUUGAUAAUUUGCUUGAAACUUUAAGUCAUGGAGAACAAUCAUCCUCCUCCCCCUCCUUCUGCUAGCACCCCAUCUCAGAGCUACAAUCCUUCAGGGGACCUUGUAUCCUCACAUAACUCAUCAAACAACAUUAAUUUGAGAAAUGAUUUGCAAGGACUUCGUGCUGACCCCCACACUGACCUGCGACAUGACCCAGCCUCCAAGUCCUAUCUUAACAUCGGAGUUAUUCCUCCAGCCCACAAUUUGUCUGCCUUCCCAGACCAGCUGCGUCACCCUGACCACUACCGCUCCGUGUACAGCAACCUUCAUCACAGCCUUCAGACUGGCCUUCAUCAAUCCCUCCAUGGUGGCCUGCAUCCCAGCCUGGCCUCUGGGCUGAGCAGCAUCGGCACAAGUGCACCACCCACCAGCACCACCUGCACCAUCAAUGGUGACAAUCCUGCUCCUCUGUCAAAUUCAAUUGGUUCUCUUUCUCUGGGCUCUCUUAGCAUUCCCUCCUCAAGUCCAAACUUGCAUCUAGGAGGACUGAAUUCAUCCACAAAUUCUGGAUUAAAUUUAAACAGCUUAAACACUUCAUCAAGCUCCAGUUUACAUCUUGGAAGCUUGAAUGCUGCAGGACUCGGCGUCAACACUUCCAUGCACUCCUUUGCCCCUGUGUCGUCAUCCCUGGGGCUUCCUCUCAGCAGCAGCAGUGGGCUAAGCUCUGCAGGCAGCAGCAGUGCACCAAUUCCUGGGCCAAGCAUAAGCCCUUCUAUGCCUAACUUUGGUUUGGCUGGCCUCAAACUGGAGGGCGGGGGCUCUGUAAGUGGAGUUAGUGAUCUCACCAUCAAUGGCAAUGAGCGGUGUAGUUCUGUUGGAGCUGCGUUGGAUCACUCAAGUGCCUCAAGAGGCCUUGGAGUGCAGGGCCUCUCAGAUCUCAGUGGUAUUGGCCUUGGUGGCAUUGGUCACAUGGGCUCCUUUGGGUCAGGACUUGGACCUCACGGCCAUGCGACUCCUCGGCCUUCAUCGGUGGGGGCACUCAACCAGCUUGGCCAGCCUCGCCUGAAGCGCAAUGGAGAGCUCUACAAGACCAAGAACUACGUCUACAACCGAGCCUUGUACGAGCAGAAGAUGGCUAAUGAGUCACCAGAGCAGCGGGCCAAGAGACUAGAAUAUGCACGGCAAAGAUACUACCGCCUGAAGCACACCAUGUCUCCCGAGGAGCUGGCCCGACGGAACAUGAGAGCUAAGGAGCGAUACUACCGCCUGAAGCACACCAUGUGUGCUUCAGGCUUUAAUACCCCAAAAUGGACUGGCAGGACUUGCCUUUCACCAACGAAGAACAGACUGGGAGGCAAUAUGGAAUGA